CGGGGCGAUCUCCUGUUUCAGGUCAGCCUCUGUUUAUUUCCUGGUUAGUUAAACUGGCUUUUGUCAUGUUUACGUGAAUAUUUAUACUUUGUUCAUCUCCAACAAAUCUGAUGUUCAUCCACUCAUGGAGUUUUGUUUGUGUGAAGGAGUGGGCCCGGCUAUGGAUCAGUGUGAGGACAGAGAGGAGGGAGUUCCUCCCUCUAAAACCACUCUGUGUGGGGAACAUGAGAGCCAGACCAAAGCUCAGAGGAACCAACCUGAACCCAGCUGUGUGUCCUUAAAGAGCAACGAUUCAAAAGAACUUGCGACUGAUUUCAAACAAAAAAAUUCCUCUAGUAAAACGACCCAUCAGACGCUGAAUUCUCUGAGACCUGAACCCAGCUGUGUGUCCUCAAAAAGUGAACAGCCAAAUAAUUUAAACACCAGUUUUAGACAUACUGCCAAAAAGAUGCAACAGGAGAGCUCAGAGGUUCCUAGUGGUCAGUCUGAACAGCAGGAUCAAAAACACCUGGACUCCAUAUUUAGGUUGCUGGAAGAAAACAUUAUCACUUUUGUGAAGAAUGAACUGAAGAAGAUCCAGAAAGUUCUGAGUCCAGAUCAUCCAGAAUGUUUAGCGAGUCAGUGGAAGGAUAAGGAGAUGUUAGAGGGUGAAAACCAGAAGAGGAGCAGCAGAGAAGCUCUUCUGAAGAUGGUAGAUGACUUCCUUAGGUGGAUGAAACAGGAGGAGUUGGCUGACUCUCUACAAAGAAGAACUCCAGCUACAUGCCAACAACAUCUCAAAUAUACAAUGAAGAAGAAGUUCCAGUGCAUGUUUGAGGGGAUUUCUAAAGCAGGAAACCCAACUCUUCUGAAUCAGAUCUACACAGAGCUCUACAUCACAGAGGGAGGGACUGCAGAGGUCAAUGAUCAGCAUGAGGUCCGACAAAUUGAAACAGCAUCCCGGAAACUAGACAAACCAGAAAGAACAAUCAGGCAAGAAGAAAUUUUUAAAGCCUCACCCGAAAGAGAUGAACCAAUCAAAACAGUGCUGACAAAAGGAGUGGCUGGCAUUGGGAAAACAAUUUUAACACAGAAGUACACUCUGGAUUGGGCUGAAGACAAAACCAACCAAGACAUCCAUUUCAUAUUUCCGUUCACCUUCAGAGAGCUGAAUGUCAUGAAGGAGGAAAAGUUCAGCUUGGUGGAACUUAUUCAUCACUUCUUUACUGAAACCAAAGAUGCAGGAAUCUGCAGCUUUGAAGAGUUCAAGGUUCUGUUUAUCUUUGAUGGUCUGGAUGAGUGUCGACUUCCUCUGGACUUUCAGAAAACUGAGGUCUUGACUGAUAUCACAAAGUCCACCUCAGUCAAAGUGCUGCUGACAAACCUCAUCAAGAGAAAACUACUUCCAUCUGCUCGCCUCUGGAUAACCACACGACCUGCAGCAGCCAAUCAGAUCCCUCAUCAGUAUGUUGAUAUGGUGACAGAGGUCAGAGGGUUCACUGAACAACAGAAAGAGCAGUACUUCAAGAAGAGAUUUCAAGAUAAAAAGCUAGCUAUCAAAAUAAUCUCCCACAUCAAGACAUCACGGAGCCUCUACAUCAUGUGCCACAUCCCAAUCUUCUGCUGGAUCACUGCGACAGUUCUGGAGGAUGUGCUGAAAACUAGAGAGGGUGGACAGCUGCCCAAGAACCUGACUGAGAUGUACAUAUAUUUCCUGGUGGUUCAGGCCAAAGUGAAAAAAGUCAAGUACGAUGGAGGAGCUGAAACAGAUCCACACUGGAGUCCAGAGAGCAGGAAGAUGAUUGAGUCUCUGGGAAAACUGGCUUUUAAUCAGCUGCAGAAAGGAAACCUGAUCUUCUAUGAAUCAGACCUGACAGAGUGUGGCAUCGAUAUCAGAGCAGCCUCAGUGUACUCAGGAGUGUUCACACAGAUCUUUAAAGAGGAGAGAGGACUGUACCAGGACAGGGUGUUCUGCUUUGUCCAUCUGAGUGUUCAGGAGUUUCUGGCUGCUCUUCAUGUUCAUCUGACCUUCUUCUGCUCUGAACUCAAUCUUCUGGAAAAACAAACACCCUCCAAAAAGUAUGAAUCAAGAGAAUCUGCAGAGACACGUUUAUAUCAGAGUGCUGUGGACAGCGCUUUACAGAGUCCAAAUGGACAUCUGGACUUGUUCCUCCGCUUCCUCCUGGGUCUUUCAUGGGAAACCAACCAAGCUCUGCUACAAGGACUGCUGACGAAGACAAGAAGUAGCUCAGUGACAAUUCAGAAAACAGUGGAGUACAUCAAGAAUAAUAUCAGUGACAAUUUGUCUGCAGAGAAAAGCAUCAACCUGUUCCACUGUUUGAACGAACUGAAUGAUCAUUCUCUAGUGGAGGAGAUCCAACAGUCCCUGAAUUCAGGAAGUCUCUCUAGGGAUGAACUGUCUCCAGCUCAGUGGUCAGCUCUGGUCUUCAUCUUACUUUCAUCAGAAAAAGAUUUGAAUGUGUUUGAUCUGAAGAAGUACUCCCCCUCUGAGGAGGGUCUUCUCAGGCUACUUCCAGUGGUCAAGUCCUCCAAGAAAGCUUUGUAA